AUGGAGAAAAAACAGACAACAAAACCUGUUUUAAAGCCAGUCAACUCUGCCUCUAAUUUAAAAGGCGUAGACAAAAAUCCAAUUAGUAGGGUCAAUUCGAAAACAGACUCUGUUAAAACAAUAGCGGAUAAUUUAAAUAAAAAUCGACCGAAAGUCGUACCGAAACCGACUAAUAUAGUUCAAAGAACAGAUUCAAAUGUAAAAUCGAAUUCAACGAAAUUGAUGUCGAAACCGUCUAAUGUUGCCAGUUUACAGCAAAAAUUUGAAAAUAGAAAGUCAAUAGGCAAAGAAAUUUCCACUGGAAAACAAUAG